AAACAAUUGUCAGCACGUGUCCCAAUUGGGAACACGUCGCGCACUUCCUCUCUCACAAUGCCCCGUAAGAAGCCAAGCACCCCCGACAUCGUCACAGCGUCCAGCAAUGGGCUCGCCUCUUCAACACUGUCGUCACCGCCCUCCCCAGACUCAGAGCGGCCGCUGGGGCCCCUGAGCCUUUCUCCAUUGGCUGGCACGCGCGAAAUAGUCAAGGUCAAUAACCUCAGCGUGACAGAGUUGAAGAACGCCUGCGAUGAUGCUUUGAAACGAUGUCUGUCGCGACCGGAACUCUUCAAACAAAUCCACCAGCACACUGACGUGCGUUUGGCGUUGGGCUGGCUGAGUGUAUUUGUGGCGGGUGGUACCGGCCUGUAUGGAUACAAAGUAGAGUUCGAGCAAAGCAAACCGGUUGUCUGGGCUGGUCUGAUAUUGUACAUGCUACUCACUUUCGUGCAAACUUUGUAUUCUUAUUUCAUCGAGGGGGACAUUGUCUUUGUCGGCAAACGCAAAACGUUUUCUAAACGUAUCGUCACUGAGAGGAUAACUCUGUCAUCGCGCACAAUUCCAGCCUCCAUUCCUCCAAAGUCCACAACAGCGGUUCCUCCACAAUACGCGCUGGCGCUAACAUAUGUGCGGUCGACGUCUGCCAACAAAAGCUUGCUCGCCAAAGGCAAGACGCAGACAUCGGUGGCUUACUCGCACUUUUUCGAUACUGAUGGGGUUUUUGAUGCCCUUGCGUUCGAACAUUGGGUUGGCACUCUUGUUGAAGAGGGCAUGGGUGGGGGCGUUUCCGACAAAACGGCAUGAACAAGUUUGUAUUUAGUCAAGCAUUCGUGAUUUCAUUUUCGCUGUGUCGAGUGAGGAUUUUAAAGCUGGAAUGGGUACUUCUAGUACCCGCGCUAUGCAUGUUGAAACCCAAACAAUCGCCCAAGCUUUCAAGAGCUGGACCCCCCAAAAAACCGAUGAUGAAUAUGCACGCACAGUCUUUUGAGAUUCGACUUGCCCGGUGAAUUAUGUCAUUAUACUGGAGUGAGGUACAGGAUAAUAUUAUCAGCAAUCGACAGAAGACCGUCAAUCUAUUUUCUGUGACCCUGAAAUCCUCCAGAGAGUUUAUACUUUGAUAUAUGACGCAGUUGAGGAGCUUAGGGCGUCGGACCCAUCAACCAUCGAGACUUGGCCUGAGGGACGCCGAACGGCAAGAUCAGUCCCCAGGUCACGUGUGUUUCCUGUGAUCGGUGCAACAAUCUCACCUGCACGCACUGCUACUUACUAUCUCGAAACUAUCUCGAAUGUCCAGUGACCUCGACGAACAGAUCGAGAAGCUGAAGCGCUGUGAGCCCAUCUCAGAGGAACAAGUAAAACGACUGUGUGUCAAAGCUCGCGAAAUCUUAAUCGAAGAGGCCAAUGUCCAACACAUAGACUCUCCCGUGACGAUAUGUGGUGAUAUCCACGGUCAAUUCUUCGAUCUAAUGGAGCUCUUUUCUGUCGGAGGGUUCUGUCCAGACACCAACUACCUUUUUAUGGGCGACUUUGUUGACCGAGGGUUUUACAGCGUCGAGACCUUUCUCCUACUACUCGCUCUUAAGGUCCGAUACCCAGAACGAAUGACGCUCAUCCGAGGCAACCACGAGUCAAGGCAAAUAACGCAGGUGUAUGGAUUCUACGAUGAGUGUCAACGAAAGUAUGGAGGAACCAACGUCUGGCGAUGGUGUUGUGAGGUCUUCGAUUAUCUUGCUUUGGCAGCUAUCGUCGAUGGACGGGUCUUGGGUGUCCACGGUGGAUUGAGCCCCAAUCUUGCGACAGUUGAUCAGAUCCGAGCUAUUGAUCGAAAACAGGAAGUACCACACGAUGGCACAAUGUGCGACCUGUUAUGGUCAGAUCCAGAUGACAUACAAGGUUGGGGACUGUCACCCCGCGGUGCCGGCUAUCUUUUUGGAGCAGACAUCACCAAGCAAUUUGCACAUCUCAAUGGAUUAGACUUGAUUGCGCGAGCGCACCAGCUUGCCAUGGAAGGCUACAAGCUGAUGUUCGACCGGACAAUAGUGACUGUGUGGAGUGCGCCCAACUACUGCUACAGAUGUGGAAAUGUCGCCUCUAUUUUGGAGCUUGAUGAACACCUAAGCCAGGAAUACAAGGUCUUCUCACAUGCACCAGUCGACGUUCGUUCUGCACCAGCAAAGAGACCUCCGGCAGAUUACUUUUUGUGAAUAAUUUAUGCAAAUCACAUGUAUGAUAUCGGUCGUAAAUCAUCGAUAGCCCGUGUAACCGCUGUCGUAGUUGGCCGGCUGGCUGCCAGUGGGACCACUGUGGAUAGAAGCGCGGACCGCUGCAUACGGGUCGGCGUAUUGCAUUGUCCGACUCACCUGUGGGCCCAGGUCUUGCUCGGGGAUCACAGGUGGUCCGCCGAAUCGUGGCGCGGCUGGGGAGAAACCCGACGGCGCUGGAUCAGAGAAUGCUCCAUAUGCAUCCAUGCUCGGUCGUCCAGCGGGUGCCGGAGUAGAGUACCGGUUGGUAUCGGAGAAUGGGUUUCCAGCACUGGAUGGAGGGUCGUAGGCGGAUGGGGAUCCCGAUACACCGCCUUGGCGAGGUCCCGAUACAUGUUGAUACUCUUCGUCGUCAGGGUCAUAAUCCAUUUCGUACUCAGUUGCUUCCUGCGUCGGGUGCGUGAAUGGAGGGUCCCGUGCACCGCUGUGCAACUUCCCGGACCGCCAAUCGCGAAACAGGAAAGCUAAAGAACCCAGCCACACCAGGAAGGCACCCAAGAAGAAGAUCGACCCAGCCUUCUUGGUGCUGCACCACCCACCAAGAUCCUUCUUGAAUUGGUCUCCAAGCUUUUCGUGGGGGUCCUUGGAUGGAUUGAUGCAUCCCGGCUCGGUAAACGCAGAGAUGAUCGUCGAAAAUGCAAUGAGCAACGCAAAAGCAGUCCCAGAACCAUUCAGGAUGAACCCGACUCGCACUUCUCUCAAAGCCCGGGCCAGGCGAAU